AUGGAUGUUAACAACGCUUUUCUUCAUGGCGACUUACAUGAGGAAAUAUAUAUGUCUCCACCGCCAGGGCUUCAGCAACAAAGGGAGGAAAACUUGGUAUGUCGCCUUCAUAAAUCACUCUACGGUCUGAAACAAGCUUCUCGCCGGUGGUUCGCCAAGUUCUCAGAAGUUAUUCAAUCCGCCAGUUAUGCACAAUCUCGAGUCGAUUAUUCUUUAUUCACCAGAAAACAAGGCAAGUCCUUUACUGCCCUCUUGAUAUAUGUUGAUGAUAUUCUGAUUACUGGAAAUGAUCCUGUGAGCAUUGCUACAACAAAAAAUUUUCUGCAUAGUCAUUUUCAUCUCAAAGAUCUGGGUGAUUUAAAAUACUUUCUUGGCAUUGAGGUUUCUGCUUCUAAAAAUGGGAUUUUUAUUUCCCAACGUAAGUAUGCAUUAGAGAUUAUUGAGAAUGCAGGAUUGUUGGGCGCUGCCCCUAUUGAUACACCUAUGGAACGAGGAUUGAAAUUGUCUGAUAAGAGCGAUUUGCUCAAGGAUCAAGGUCGUUAUAGGAGAUUGGUUGGAAGGUUAAUAUAUCUAACUGUGUCGAGGCUAGAUAUCACUUAUGCAAUUCAUGUGUUAAGCCGGUUUAUGCAUCAACCGAGAAAGGCUCAUAUGGAAGCAGCGUUCAGAGUUGUACGUUAUCUCAAGAAUGCACCUGGUCAGGGUCUGUUCUUCUCUUCGAAUAAUGAUUUCAGAUUGAGAGCCUAUUGUGAUUCUGAUUGGGCAGGUUGUCCACUUACUAGAAGGUCCACUAUAGGCUACUGUGUAUUCCUUGGACCUUCACUGAUUUCUUGGAGAUCAAAGCGACAGAAAACAGUGUCACUCUCUUCAGCCGAAGCAGAGUAUCGUGCAAUGACAGGAGCUUGUUGUGAGUUGACAUGGCUUCGGUACCUUUUGAAAGAUUUGGGUGUUUUACAUCAGGAACCUGCCUUACUGUAUUGUGACAACAAGGCAGCGUUGCACAUUACAGCUAACCCUGUUUUCCAUGAGCGUACUAAACACAUUGAGAUGGAUUGUCACUAUAUUAGGGACAAGAUCCAAGAUGGUUCCAUUAUUACAAGACAUGUGAGCUCAGCGCACCAACUUGCAGACAUUCUGACUAAACCAUUGGGAAAGGAGAUUUUUGCUCCUAUGAUUCGCAAGUUGGGAGUGCAGGAUAUCCACUCUCCAACUUGA